UGAGGGAUAAAGCGCUUAAAUCUAAAAUAUUUGGUUCGACAAAAGUUGUCUGUUUUUUAAUGAGGAAAAGAGCGCUGCGGAAAGGGGUGAUCAGUGGGGUCCCGGUAUCAGUAGAUGCUGACUGUUUCUUGGAGGUGGAGGGAGUAUUCGGGGCGAGGUGAAUGAAAAGUUAUCGGCAGGGUAAAGAACAGGAAAGUGGCUCAAUAUUGUUAGAAUCUGAAGGCGAACUACCGUUGAGGAUUUAUUUAGACUAUGCUAGUUACAGGGUGAGGGCAUAUGAAAGGGUUGCAUUGAGGUGUUACUGGUGUCAGGAUUAUGGACACGUGGCAGCAGUUUGUAGAAGGUGUGGGGAAAGAUGGAUGUUCGGAUGAGGAUUGCACAAUGUCUAAAGACCAGGCAAUAUGUUUUCACUGUGUGGGAAAUCAUGAGGCGGGAGCAAAGCAGUGCAAAAGAAGGAAGAGGGAAAGCGAGGUGGAAAGAACAAGAGUGCAGAAUAAAAUAACAUGCAGAAGCAACGAAGAGAGUGAGGGCAGAGACGGGAGCUGUGAGGAAGGAACAGAAUAGAACUGCAACAGAAGGAAAAGAUCAAGUGAGAUGUAACGGAGAAAUUAUGCAUAUGGAUAGAAGAAGGUUCUUAGCAUUUAUAGCGAUGGUGAUCAAUUGUGCUAGUGAAAUAGAAACGAAAUCAGAGAGGGUCAAGAUGGUGGUGGAGGUUUUGGGAAUAACGGAUGUGAAGGGGGACGAAAUACAGGGAAUUUUAGCGAAAGGAUUUGGAGGGAGUCAGACAUCAGGGAUAUAGGGAAAUAAAGAAUCGCGAGUCAGAUAUGGGAGGGUUGGGCUGUUGUUUUAUAUAUUAUUUAUAUAUAGAACUAAACCAGAUAGUAAUGCAUAGGCCUACAGUAGGUGGCGGUAAUGCACUAAUUUAAGUUUACAUACCGCCAAUAAAAACCAAAGAAGAAGGAUGGUUGCGGCAGGUGUGAAGUAGUUCGAGUGCUAGCUGCUGCAAAAAAGGAAAAAAAGGCUGUACUGCUAGUGUGCCCUCGGUGCUACUUAUCGGUUAUCGCUAGCUUGUAAAUUCUAGUGCUUCCUGCUGUGAUAAGCUGGAAUUUGAAGAUGGAUUUUGCAGUUCGUGCUGCCAAGCCAGAAGAUUGCAAAGCUGUGUCUAGAAUGAUUAUGGAGUUGGCUGUAUAUGAGAAAAUGCCAGACCAGGUGAAAAUUUCACAUAAAGAGCUGGAGAAAGAUGGGUUUUCAGCAGUCCCCUUCUUUCACUGCUUUGUUGCAGAGGUUUCUGAGGAACACAAGAGCAAAGAAGGACAUACAACGGUGGGAUAUGCCUUAUACUUUUACACGUACAGCACAUGGAAAGGACGAUCAGUGUAUUUGGAGGACAUUUAUGUCAUGCCAGAAUUCAGAGGGAAGGGUAUUGGAAAGGCGCUACUAAGCAACGUGGCUGUGGCGGCUAAGGAACAGCAGUGCGUGCGGCUGCAGCUGUCAGCGCUGGACUGGAACACUCCGUCCCUGGACUUCUACUUCACCAAGGGGGCCCAGGACUUGACCGCCACUGAGGGCUGGCACUUCCUCCGCUUUGAUGGGGAAGCGCUUGACAAACUGGCGAAAGAAGCACCCAGAAAUUAACUUUUAAGCCCCCCUGUGCCCACCUCGAUUCCUUUCAUCACAAAAGGCUCAGUGAUUCAGUUUAUACUUUUAAGUGUUCAUAUUAUCUACAGCAGAGGUGCCCAACCCUGUUCCUGGAGAUUUGCCAUCCUGUAGGUUUUCGUUUCAACCGUAAUUAGGCACACCUGAUUAUACUAAUUAGCAGCUCAAUGAGAUCUAGCCGUUGACUGAGGUGUGGUUUGGUUGGAGUGAAAACUUUCUGGACGAUAUAUCUCCAGGAACCGGUUGGGCAGCCCUGAUCUACAGUAAUGUGAAAAAGUAAUACUCUCUUAGCUUUGAUAAAAGAUUUUACUUCGG